CUAAACAAUUGCUGCAUGCGCCGAAUCGGCCAAAUCAGCAGCAGUCCAAGUGCCACUCUUGCAACAUAAAUCAGUUUGUCUAACCACGAUAAUAUCGUAGCCAAGACACCUUGAGGCAUACUAUUAGUUAGUGUGCUUCGCGAAAAUUGCUUUCGAGACUCGACUACCAAAGCUGCAAAGCUGCCCAUUUCAGCUGAUAAAGGGCUAUGGGAUAGCAAACUAUAGAUUAGUGAUGAAAACUUUCGUUGAGAAGGAGACGAGUUGACGGGCCAGCCGAGAGCGCGCGAGGACAGCCGCACGGCAUAGCGCCGCGCUCAAAUGCGUGACGAAAUGGCAUCUUUUCUUGGACUCGAGCCGGACGAAUGCUUCAACACAUUUCAUGACCUAGUCCAUGCUGCCAUACUGUGCGCAAGCACUGGCUCCUCGACCCUGAAAGAGAUUUACACCGCAUGUAGCCGAUUUGGAAGAGUAAAAUGCCGCAAGACCGGCGGCUGGCGGCUGGCUACUGCGCGGCGAAACUGGAAGAGCCAUAUCCGCCAUACUUUGUACACGACGGAGAAGUUCCUCAGGUGCCCGCACGACCCGGACACUUGGAUGCUGUCUCCGGACUUUGCCAACACGCUGCCGCAAACCAGCAAGCACACCGGGCCCGCACCCCCCGAUGACGACCCGCCCCCCGCUCCGAAGUCACGCGGGCUGCGGCCGAUGGGGCAGGUCACUCCGGCGCGAGGCGGACGUGGGGCGGCUGCACGGGGCCUCGCAGCAUCCGGCAGAGGAGGUGGUGGCCGGGCCGGGCCCAUGGCGGACACCAAGGCCGCUGCCAGCCGCUGGGCUGCCAGCGGUGGCGCCAGCCGCCCCGGCGGACGCGGCUUUGGCGGCGGACACGAUGACGAGGAGGAUGACGAAGACGUCGAGGACGGCCGCAGCCAACCCCACGGCAGCCGGCACUCCUGGGACGACGACGAUGAGGAGGGGUACACCCACGGCGGCGGCGGUGCUCACGGCGAGGACGACGAGGACGGGGACGGCAGCGGUGGCGGAGCCGCCGCCGAGCCGACAGCGCCGCAGGCGUACGGUCGCGGCAUGCGCACGGCCGCACGUGCCGCCGUCGCGGCAGUUACGGCAGCGGCGGUUGCGGGCGGGGUUGUGAACACUGGCAGCGGCGGCGGGCGCAGCUCGAGUACGCAGAUGUAUGGGGCCGGCAGCCGGGCCAACCGGGUCCAGGCACUGCUGGGCGUGACGGCGGCGGCGGCCGGCGAGGAGGAGGGCGGCGAGCAGGCGGCGGCGGCGGCUGUGGACGACGAGGGGCUUGGGCUGGAUCUGUCGGACGACAACAUGCGGACCGCGCUGGUGGCCGCUCAGGAGGUGAUGCACAACCCACUGGCCGCCAGUGUGCUGGUGCAGCUCAUGCAGCAGCGCCUCAUGCGCCAGCAGUCCAUUCCCGAGCCCCUGCUGGCCCUCGCCAUGGGCCUCAGCGCCCCCAGCUCCUACGGCGCCGCCGCAGCCGCUGCCGGCCACGGGCACGGCCACGGGCACCUGCACGGGCCGGGUGGUGAGGAUGAGCACCUCCGGUCGCUGCCGCCCUCGCGCCAGUCCGCGACGGCCAGCGCCGCGGCGGCGCGCGCACGGCAGCAGGCGGCCGCGGCCGUGGUGGCUGGGAAGAAGCCAGGGGCAGGGGCGGGGGCAGGGGCAGGGGCAGGUGCCGCUGGCGCGGCAGGGGCAGCAGGGGCGGCGCCGCAGGCGUUGCGGCAGUCGGGUGAAGGGCUGGGGGCCGCACGGCUGCCGUGGGCGGCGGCGGCCGAGCCCGGCACGCUGCGUCUCGCUGCGCCCGGAGCCGGCCUGCGCACGAGCCAGUCCUCGCUGCCGCAGGCUGUGGCGCCGGCGCCCGCACGGCGGUCCGCCACCACAGUCGGCGGCGGUGCCGACGGUGACGGCGCCGCUGGCAGUGACGGCGGCGCUGCUGGGCCAGGCGCCGGCUCAACUGUUGGCGCAGCGGCUGCGGCUGCUUCGGCGGCCGCCGCCAACCGUCUCAUCAACCUGCCCAACGUACCCGGCUUGCCGCCCGUCAGCAUGCCGGCGGCGCUUCCACCCACGCUAGCGCCACGCGCCGUGGCGCCCGGCGCGCCAGCCAGCCGUCAUAUGGACGCGGCUCGCGCGAUGCUGGAGUCGCAGCGUGUGCAGCGGGCAGCGGCGGCCGCGACAGCAGCGGCAGCGGCGGCGGCGACAGCGGCGAACACGGCAGCAGCAGCAGCAACAGCAGCAGCGGCUGGGGCAGUACUGGUGGCUGCCGGUGCUGCCGCUCCUGACACGGAAAUGCUGAAGCUGGAGGCAGAGGCAGCCGCACCUGCGGCGGCGGCGGGGGGUAUGAGCGCCCCGGCUGCGGGCGUGGCACCAGCAGCUGUCGUGGCAGCGCCGGCGCUGUCAGCGGUGGAUGCGGCGCCCAGCGCCGCAGGAGAGGAGGACGAUGAUGCCCUCAUUGGGCCGCCGCCCCUGCAAAGUCAGCUCGCAGACCCGGCGGGAGCGAUGGCGGCAGCAGCAGCACCGGACGAUGCCGCGCCCGCACGGGCGCCACACCUGGUGGUCCCGGUGGGAGGUGAGGCUGUUGCGCUGCCGGUGGUCGAUGCAGUGCCGAUGGCCGCGCCGGGUGCGCACGGGGACGCGGCAGCUGCAGCGUUCUUACAGAACGCGCCGCUUCAUGCCCUGCCACCGCCUGCGCAUCCGUCGGCGUCGCCGCCGCAGCAGCCAGCGGGCACCGCCGAGCCCGUGGCCGUCCCGGCAGCUGCUGUGGGGGCGCCGGUCGUAGCGCCGGCGCCCGCGGCCGUGCCGACGGCGGCGGCGGUCAUUCUGCCGGCAGGCGAAGCCCUGCACGGCAACAGCGGAGACUGUGGCCUGGGCGGCGCAGGCGGGAUACUGGGCAAGCGGCGUGCCGGCGAGGUGCACAGCGGGGACAACAGCAGCGGCUUCAUCUCGGAGGCCGCGGAGCUGGGUGACAUCACCGACGACCUGUUUGACCUGCCGCCCAGCAGCCACCACCACCACCACCACCACGACCUGCAUCACCACCAUCACCCGCAGCAACCCCAGGAGCAGCCCCAGCACCACCACCAGCUCCACCACCACCACGACCAGCAUCACAACAUGCACCACGCCGGGCACACCGUUGCGGACUUGUCGGGGACGGCUGGAGGCGUGGAGCAGGAGCAGCCCGCAGCGAAGCGGCUGUGUGGUGAGGUGCACACAAACCCGUCCAGCCUUGCGGCCACGACGGGGUUUGAUCUUGGGUUCGUCGGGGGUGACGUGAUCAUGCAUCACACCGCAGAGAUGGCGGCGGGGGCGGCCGGCGCGUUGGGCUUGGGCAUGGGCGUGGGUGCAGCGCCGCUGGCUGCUGGUAUGACCGGCUUUGACCUGGGCGCGGCGCUUUGACUGAGGUAGCAACCCUCGUCGUGCUGCUGUUGGUGCUGCUCGGGUCGAGUGGCUGGGCAGGGGCUAGCGCCGCAGAGGGCGGGCAGGCAGGCGCCGGGCUGGGGCAGCGCGGGAGGAGGCGCAUGUACAGAAUAUGGUGAUGUGAGGGCGGCCGUGUUUGCGGCUGCGGCUUGCGAGGGUGUCGGCAAGAGCCGUGUGAUGGCGUGCCAGGGGCGGCCGGGUCGGAUUCGGCCACCUGUGGAGUGUACAGAUACGGUGCGUUAGCACUUCGAUGGGUGUGUGGGUGGUGUCCCACGAAUACUGGUGUCAUGAGAAGACAAUCUCUGUCUGCGGCGGCGUGUGGCUGAUCAAAGCGAAGCGUUGGUGCGAGCAGUUGCGCUCGGCGGGCCGACGGCGGGGGGGGGGGGCGCACAUCGAUCUGUGACGGCAGCGCAAUCCCAGCAUUCCGCAUGACGCACGUGCGCGGUUUGGGCCAUUCGGUGCUAGCGCAGUGCACAGUGCCUUGCGCACACCUAGGUAGCGUUUCCGCUACAGGCUUAUUUGCAUUGCUAUGAUAGACCCUCUAUACUGUACCUUGUGCCUGGCAUGUGGUCGUAGACAAGAAAGCGGUUUUCCUUCUUAAGGGAAUGUGGGCGGCCAUGUCUCCCGUCUUAGGCCGCAAGCGUGUAGCUAACCUCCUGCGAACCACAUUGAGCGCUUUCAUGGGUGUUCCUGAGAGUGUGGGACAAACACGAAGCCCGGUAGUGCGGGAGGGAACGAGACUUGACAGGACCUGUGCAAGACAUUCAUGCACGUGUGAAUGUGUUGGUGUAAUUGCGUAGGCGUGUGCUGGAGAUGCAAUGCCCUGGUCAUAUUAGCGGGCGUGACGGCCCAAGAGGCGCAGUUGCACCGAGAGGCAAAACAGGCUCAGCCGAACCAAGAGCCGCAAGGGUGAGCUUUAAUAUACAGCCACGUCGUGGUCAAAAUGCUCCAUCAAGCUGACAUGGUGCAGGCACGUUUGACACACAUGUAACACAAGCUUGAA